GCGGCCCGAGCGGAGCUAGUGAAUCCGGCUGGAAGAGAAAAGAAGCUACAAGACCAAAACAGUGGCCCGAAUCCAGCGGAGAGAAGGAUAACGCUUUAAACAAAGUCGAUCUCGGAUUAGGAGAGGAAAAAAAUAAUUUUAAAAUGCCGAGCAAAAAGAAGAAAUAUAACGCCAGAUUCCCUCCGGCAAGGAUUAAGAAGAUCAUGCAGACGGAUGAAGAAAUAGGCAAAGUCGCUGCUGCAGUUCCUGUCAUAAUCUCCCGAGCGCUGGAACUCUUCCUGGAAUCUCUUCUGACAAAAGCGUGCCACGUUACCCAGUCCCGCAACGCCAAAACCAUGACCACGUCACACUUGAAACAGUGCAUUGAACUGGAGCAGCAGUUCGACUUCCUGAAGGAUCUGGUGGCCGCCGUGCCGGAUAUGCAGGGAGAGGGGGAAGAGAAUCACGCAGAGGGAGCAGAAAGAAUCCCACGCAGAAGCGCAUUUGUGAGGUCAGGCGCUGAUGCUGGACGAGAAGGUCUGGCUCGCAGUCUCCGCUCUAAUUCAUCCCGAAGGUGUUCUAUCAGUUUGAGGUCAGGACACACGAAGUUUAGAGAGGUCGAAAGCCUGGCUCAGGACGCAAGAACGGAGGAGCAGGAGCCAAAGGCAAAGACAAGAAGCUGUCAGGCACAGAGUCUGAACAAGAGGACGACUCUGAGGACAGCGAGACAGAUGGAGACGAAGAGGACAUCUCUCAGCCCAACACACACCAUCAGGCACCAUCCCAUUUUCACAGCCCAGACAUGCCCCCUCCGUACAUGCCCAUGCCCGUGGGUGCCCCUCAGACCGCUCUCUCCAUGCCCAUCAGCUCUUUCAGCUCACAGCCUUCAGUCAUGGGGAUGAUCCCGCCCCCUCCCGCCACGGCGUUGCACAAAGAAGAACACGACGACGACGAAGACUACGACUCUUAGCUCCUCGUCUACACCCAACCCCCCCACCCCGGUCGAAAACAUUUUACAUUCGUUUUCUUAAGUUUUUCUUGUUCGGCUGCAGAAACGCAAACGGACGGGAAGCGACAGAACUUUAAAUAGUUGACGCCCAGACACGGGUGAAAGGGCGUUAGCAAAGCCUGCAGCCACAGCGCAAGAAGAAGAAGAAUGGGUUGUAAUAUUAGCUCUGUGUUUUAAUUUCUUUUUUUAAGAAUUCUUAUUUUACUGUCCAGGUUAAAAGCGGACAAUUGGUUUAGGCUAUUUUUAAAAAAAACGAAAGGAAAAAAAUGAAAAAAAAAAAAUCGUUGCUUUCUCGGCUCGCAGUCUCUUUUUGGAAAAAUGGCCCUCUUUUUCUUUUCCUUUUUAAAUUAAAAACCCAUCAUAGAUAUUCCCUGUAGUCUUUUUUGCACUUUUGUUUUUGUUCCUCUGUUACCUUAGGUUCUUUUACCAUUUAUUAUUUUUAAUUUCUCUACAGUCCGCAAUUAGCGACUCAAAGGGCGUAGCACAAAUUCUUUCCAUCGUUUCGUUUCAUCAGAUCGAUCGUGGGGAACUCUCGCUGCGACAGAAAGAUGAAGGCACCAUUAGGAAAUGUGACGUGUACGAGUCAGGAAGUGGCCUGACACGGUUAACUCUGGCCCAACAACCUCGCAUUAACACUGUUGUGUCAGGGUUUUAUUAUUAUUGUUGUUGUUGUUGUUAUUAUUUUUUAUAUUAUUUUUUUUUGUUUCAUUUAAGCGCAUCUUGGAACAUUUUAAACAUAAACCAUGUCGAUUUUUCUCACACACGGGAUUUUAAGUUCUGUUUCAAGAUUUUUCUUUUGACCGAGUUGAACCGAAAUCGAAAGGAUCGCUCUUUAAUUAAAAAAAAAACAA